CACUUCCGGUCGCGAGGGCGCUCGGGAGCGCGCCCCGCGAGCCUCCACCAACCAGCGGCUCCGCCUGGCGGGAAAGAGUGCGCGCGCGCACGUUGUGCGCAGGUUCGAAUCUCCGCCGCUUCGCGGUUGCUUCUCAACGUCCGGGCAGUAUCUCUGCGGCUGCAAGGGCUGCGCGCGCGAGCUGCCUCCCGGCCGGAGCCCCAACCCUAGCCGGAGCACGAGCUGCCCCGCCCCCUCCAGCGUCCUGUCGCCUCCUCGCCCGACUUCGGCCUUUCCCUCCCACACGCGCUCAGUCCUCGCUCUUCGCCCCCACAGCUAUCGGCGAUCGGUGUCCCGCGCCCGGCCGGCUCCGCCCGAGCCUCUGGGCCCAUGGCCAAGCGGCGUGCGGCCGAGCCGGUGACGUUCCACGUGCCUUGGAAGCGGCUCCUGCUCUGCGACUUCCCUGAGCAGCCGCCGCCACCGCCUCUCUGGAUCCGGCCGCCCGGGGCCACGCAUCCCGGGCAGCCCCUCAGCGUACCGGAACAGCACCGAAAGCGCAAAAUCGACGCAGGGACCAUGGCAGAGCCCUCCGCAUCGCCCAGCAAGCGCCGCGACAGCGGGGACAACAGCGCCCCGGGCGGCCAGGAGCAAGAGGACCGAGGCCUGGAGACCGGCGAGCCGCCGCUGCCGCCGCCGCCGCCGCCUAUACGGCGGGGGCUAGGGGAGGAGCUCCAGGGCGCCCGGCCCCCGAGGGGCGGUGGCGACGACGGGGCGGGGCGCGCAGGGCCCCCGCGGGGAGACUGGGGGGUCGCACCGCGCCAGACGCCUGCAGAGGCGAAAAGAAAAGGUUACCGCUCCGGGAGAGGACAGCGACCCCCAGGAGACGCGCCCCGGGAUUCCGAGGGGCAGAAAGCACUGGGCUGCUCUGGCGGGAAACGGACCGUGGUCGGGAGCAGUCAAGUGGCCUUGCGGCGUCAGCGCCGCGCUCUCACAGUGAAGAAUUUUGGCAGUAUAAUACCUUCCAGUACUGGAGGAAUCCUUUGCCACCUAUUGAUCUGGCAGACAUUGAAGAUUUAAUUGAAGACACCCUGACAGAAGGAACACUUCAGGGCAAGAAUGAAGGGUCUGAGGUUGACAUGGAGUCCUGACGUAAGGAGCUGAAGCAGUAGGAUUGGUUGAUUUGAGGAGAUGUCUCUAAAUUAAUUCAUGUAUUCUUAAGGGAAAAGUUAUUUUCCAUACUUGAAGUUAUAUUUCCAAACCUGAGAAAUAAAGAAAGACUGUUCUGACAAUAAAUACCUACAGUUACUACUGAACCUCUUAAUAAGGAUUUGUCAAGGAUAGAGUAUAGUUGUAGGGGAAGUAUUUUAUGUAUGCAUUCUUAGAGAAAAAAGCUUUGUUUAAAUGUUAGAAUUGAAGGUACUGAUGAAAAUAAAUUCUAGCAGUUUUAGAAAUAGGUGGGAAACACUCUAAUAUUCCUCCUAUCUGCACCAAAAAGUUUAUUUGUAGUACAUAAAAUGAAUAUUGUUUUAUAAUAACUUGUUAAUAAAGUACUUUCUAAUACAUUCUAUUGACUCUAUUAGUUGAACAAAUAGCUGACUUGAACAUCUAUGCAAACUUAAGAUGGGGGAUUGUUUUAAAAGCUAUUUUAAAAGAGCUUUCUAAAUGUUAAGUAGUGAGAAUUUCAGCUUGGGUAGCAUGUUUGCAUAACUUCCAAUAUUUGAUGUAUGUUAAGCUCUGCUAUGGGCAACCGAAGAUUGAUAAAGAACAAUGAAAACUGAGUCGAUGCCUGCUUCCCUCUCUUUUCCCAGGAUUAGAGGAAAGAAAUGUAUUAUAUGAUUAGCUUCUUGGUUUUGAAUUGUUUCAAGGCAUGGUUUUAUUCCUUAUUACUUUAGACCUAUAGUUCUCAACACUGACAGCACUUUAAAAAUCUUUGCCUGAGCCUCACUCUUCAGAGAUUCUCAGUUAAUAGCUCUGAGGUGGGUCUUGGAUAUAACUAUUUUUUUAAGCACCAGUCUUCUUUCCCCCAUCCCUCUAAUGUGCAGACAGGGUUGAGAACCACUAGACUAAUGGUUAUUUUUCCUGUUUAAAGGAGAUGACUAAUUUGAGCUGAAGCAGUGCUUCUUAAUUAGCUUUGUUUUUGUUUUCCUCUGUUGGUGGCUUUGUCACAACUGAAUGAUUGUGUUGCUAUUACUAUUUCAUUGUUAAAGAAAUAAAGUAAUUGCAAUUUGUGUUUGAGUUAUACGAGUAUCAGUGAUUUAGUUAAUUAACUUUUGUACUGCAUCUAGAAUGUUGGCUUUGUAAUUGAAUAACUGGUUCUUUGUGUUUUUUGUUGUUGAUUGCAUUAGAUCCAAAAUUCAAGAAAAAUGGUAAAUGCCAGUGAGAGGGAAAGAGAAAAACUUGAUUUUUUUGUGUAUAUUGAAGAAUGGGUUGACAUUAAUAAAAAUGCUUUAGAACAGAAGACAAACUGUACAGCAUUGUGGUCAGACAUGGUUCAAAGUCUUAUACUGCCACUUCCUACCUAUGUAACUUUAAGCCAUUUAUUUUUCAUCUCCAAUCUUCAGAUUUCUCACCUGUAAAAUGAGAAAUAAUAAAUAGUAU